AUGCAUGUGAAGAAGGGGUGCGGGCUGCCUGGCCUGUCCUCCCUCUGGGCCCCCGAGGUCAUGGCCGGGGAGAGAGGGCCACUCCUGCUGCUCACCCUCAGCCUGGGCCUGGCCAGUGCCCAGAAGACUCUAGAAGAAGUGCCGGUGCAGUCAGGCUUUGAUGCCCAGAAGGUGGAGGGACGCUGGCUGACCAUCCAGCUGGCCACCAGCCACACACACCUGGUCUCCCCAGAAGACCCCUUGAGGCUCGCUCUCCAUUCCAUCUGGACUCGGGACAGGGACCUGGAGUUUGUCUUGUUCUGGACAGGAGAGGGUGUGUGCAAAGGCGUCAACAUCACCGUCCAUCCAACUGGGCUCCAGGGCCAGUACCAGGGCUCCUUUGAGGGAGGUGGCAGCAUGUUCAUCCGCUUUGUCAGCACCGACUACAGAAGCCUCAUUCUUUAUGUCUGGUUCGAGGACGCCGGUGAGGUCACCAGCCUUUUGGCGCUGCUGGCCAGAAGAGUGUUUGGGGACCCCAAGUGGCUGGGGAAAUACCAGAAGUACAUCAGGGAAUUCCAGCUGCAGGAAGCCCCGGCGUUCAACCUGGACGCCCAGUGCUCCCCACCCACAGCCUACGCCAGGGCCAACUCCUGA